GCGUUGUUGCAGCCACCAUUACUUUAAGUACUGCAAGAUCUCAGCGCUGGCGCUGCUGAAGAUGGUGAUGCACGCCAGGUCCGGCGGCAACCUGGAGGUGAUGGGGCUCAUGCUGGGCAAGGUGGACGGGGAGACCAUGAUCAUCAUGGACAGCUUCGCCCUGCCCGUGGAGGGCACCGAGACCCGCGUCAACGCGCAGGCCGCCGCCUACGAGUACAUGGCUGCCUACAUCGAGAACGCCAAGCAGGUGGGACGCCUGGAAAAUGCCAUCGGCUGGUACCACAGUCACCCCGGCUACGGCUGCUGGCUCUCGGGCAUCGACGUCAGUACCCAGAUGCUUAAUCAGCAAUUUCAGGAGCCCUUCGUAGCAGUGGUUAUUGAUCCAACAAGAACAAUAUCUGCAGGAAAAGUAAAUCUCGGAGCUUUUAGGACAUAUCCUAAGGGCUAUAAACCUCCAGAUGAAGGUCCCUCUGAAUAUCAGACUAUUCCACUCAAUAAAAUAGAAGACUUUGGUGUACAUUGUAAACAGUACUAUGCUUUGGAAGUCUCGUACUUUAAAUCAUCUUUGGAUCGUAAAUUGCUUGAGCUGUUGUGGAACAAGUACUGGGUGAACACUCUCAGUUCUUCUAGUUUGCUUACUAAUGCUGACUACACCACUGGCCAAGUCUUUGAUUUGUCUGAAAAAUUAGAACAGUCAGAAGCUCAGCUUGGAAGGGGUAGUUUCAUGCUGGGUUUAGAGACUCAUGACAAGAAGUCAGAAGACAAACUUGCAAAAGCAACAAGAGACAGCUGCAAGACCACCAUAGAAGCUAUACAUGGAUUGAUGUCUCAGGUUAUUAAGGAUAAACUUUUUAAUCAAAUUAAUAUAGCUUGAAGUGCAUUACCAGUUGAUAUGUAUCUCCAAAGCAGAAAAUAUCAUAGUUUCUUUUGCUUGGACUUGUUCAGUUUGGGAAAUGAAGCUGAAGUGGAAAAUUAUUCAUCCAAUUUGUAGUACUUUAAUAUUUCCCACCUGUCUGACCAGUUUUAAAGAACAAAAUGUUCCAAAAUGUAGUGCAACUUUUUGUUCUUUAUCAUAAAACCAGUUUGCAGAAUUGUUCCAAAGGAAAAUAAAUGUGACUUACUGGAUUUUGCUCUUAGAUAUUUAUCUCUAUUAUCCA